ACAGCGUGAAAAUACACAAUACUCUAACGAUUGAAGAAGCAAUCUGGUAUUGGGCUCGAACCAAGUUCACGGCAUAAAUCACCAGGGGAAUUCGUCAGGAGCAGGGUUGAUUUUACGACCGAAUAGUUCACUCGGGUAGACGUCAAGAAGAGAAACCCACCGGAAAGUCUGUAAGAUGGAAGACCUACCCAACGGUAAUGUGGAAGAAUUCGGAAAAUCUGACGGUUACAACGCGAAUAUUUCACAAGAAAAUCUCACCGAUGUAAAACCCAAGUUUACCACAGGAAGACCGACUGUAUGGCUGGUAAUUUCUGUCAUCGCCGUGACUUUCGGGAGCUCGGCCCAGUACGGGUACGGUAUUGGCGUUCUCACCGGUCCAUCUUUGAUGAUGCAAGAUUUCUACAACCAGUCUAACUAUGACAGGAAUGGUGUACCAUUGAGUGAUACCGGUGUCCUUUGGCUUUGGUCUACAACGGUGUCAGUAUGGUGUAUCGGCGGUGCUCUCGGUGCCAUGGUUGGUGGCUACCUUAGUGAUGGACUUGGAAGGAAAGGUGCAUUGCUGAUGAUCAAUAUCUUCUCCCUUGUAGCUGCGGUUCUAUUUGGCUUCGCUGAGAUGGCUAACUCUUAUGAAAUGGUCAUUAUUGGCAGGCUUAUUCAUGGCUUUUAUGUUGGAACUGCCAUCACGAUAGUCCCGUUGUACCUAGCUGAAGUAUCUCCAAUCAAUCUAAGAGGAGCUAUAGGAGUCAUACAUCAGUUGAUGAUUACCAUUGGUAUCUUGAUUGCUCAGUCUCUAGGAUUGUAUGCCUUCACGGCUUCAGAUAGCUGGCCCAUCCUUCUAGGAUUGAUCGGCGUGAUGAGUGCAUUCCAGCUGAUCCUGCUCCCAUUCUGUCCUGAGAGUCCAAGAUGGCUCCUCCUCAACAAGAAUAGGGUGGAGAAAUGCAGACAAGCCCUGAUGAGACUAAGGGGUUCAGAUGACGUUGAAGAAGAGAUCCGGGAGAUCCGAGAAGAGGGACAGAAAGAGGCCAAUGUGGAGGAGGAGAAGGUUGGAAUCGUUGAUGUGAUCACCCUCAAGGAUUCGGAUUGGAAGAUGCCUUUGCUUAUCUGUAUGGUCCUACAAGGAGGACAGCAGCUGUCUGGUAUCAAUGCUGUCCUCUUCUAUGCCACAGAAAUCUAUUACCAGACCGGUAUGGGAGAAGAGGAGGUUGCCUACGCCACCAUCGGAACCGGUGCCAUCAAUGUUGUCAUGACGAUUAUAUCAGUAUACAUGGUUGAACGUGCUGGACGUCGUAUAUUGACCGUGGUCCCCUUUGGUUUAAUGGCUAUAUGCUUAGCCUUGUUGACCGUCAGUUUAAAUCUCCAGCCCACCCUUGAUUGGAUGAAAUGGCUCUCUCUUAUCUUCAUCUACGCCUACAUUAUAUCAUUUGCUGUUGGUCCAGGACCUGUACCGUUUGUGAUUGUUCCCGAGCUCUGGACCCAAGGACCCCGCCCGGCUGCCAUGAGUAUCGCUAUCCAGACAAAUUGGUGGUGCAACUUCCUCGUCGGUCUUACUUUCCCAUUUAUUCAGGAAACCAUCAAGGCAUACUCCUUCCUGGUCUUCAUGUUCUUUGUGAUACUAACCACCAUCUUCUCCUACUUCUACGUUCCCGAGACGAAGAACAGGACGUUCGACGACAUCAUCAGCGGCUUCAGGAAGGGGAAGUCAAAGAAGGGCGGCGGUGAUUACGAGCUCCAAGACAACGCCAACAAAGCAUGAUGAUGCUCAUCUAGACCGUAUCAUAUGUAGUGUGAAGUCCAAAACCCUACGGUGCAGCCUAUCUUGUCUAUCCAUACUUACAUCUGUAGUAGUCUGUAGUGGUCACUCGUCUUGUGGUCCAGGGAUGCCACUCUUCAGACUUAAGUCCGAAUUCAGACCCUUUGCAACAUACUUUCGGCCUUAGAAAACACUUUUUCAUGUAGGAAAAGUGGUUAUUGUACGUGUAGAUGAUUUUCAGUCUGUGUUUGUCAAGCCUCAGUGGUAGUCCUGUGUGAUCGCCUGUAUGUAGUGCCACCUGUAUGCAGAGGUCACCUGUAUGGAGCGGUCACCUGUAUGGAGCGGUCACCUGUAUGCAGCGGUCACCUGUAUGCAGUGGUCACUUUAUGUCUUUCCUCCCUGAGAGCUAGCAUGCAAUUCAAGGGGGACGCCGAAAUUACUCAGUGAUCGCUUUCCUGGUGGAUCCCAUUAAUUGUUUUACAUUGGUAGCUAUAAAGUCAAAUUUGACAACAACAAAUAAAUUGUGUGCAUCGGAAAGAGUGUAUUUUUAAAUAAAUGUUUGAUUCGUAAUACCCGACUAGUAUUUAAUUUGCAUAAAAACUUCAUAUUCUCGGUUCUGGGAUGAACAAAAACGAUCAAAGUGAUAUGAAAUAUCUGUGGAAAGACAUUGAUGAAAAUGUCGUCAAUUUCAGAAAGAUUUUCCUCGUAUAGGUGUUAAAGACAUGCCUCUCUUUCUUUCAAACUGUACAUGAAAAUGUGGGUUGAUCUGUCAAAGCAGAAUUACUUCUUACACUGAAUCAAUCAAAUGUUGCCUUAACCACAGGCGGUGGUCAGGCUUUAAAAGCAUAUUACAUAAAAAAUAAUAGAUUCAUCGUUGCCUCCCAAUGCUUGCACAUUUUUGAGUAGGCCCUUGAACAUAAUAUAGAGGGAUGCCACACUACAUAUAAACCUACGGCUGAAUUCUAGUUGUAGAAAAGAAUAUAUAUAUAUAUAUAUAUAUAUAUAUAUAUACAUAUAGACAUACAUGUAUAUAUGUAUGUAUGUACACAUAUGUAUAUAUGUAUUCAUAUGUUUAUGUAUAUUAUAUACAUACCUGUAUCUAUGUAUUUUAUCGGGUGAGAAACAAAAUGGUGUUGUAGAGAUUUGUUUUGAUAACUCCCCUUUGUUUCUCACCCGUCGGUCUUAUGCUGAGAGGCAUAAAGGCACUGAUUCAUUUUCUUUUCAACCAAAAAUGAUGCCCUUAUGUCAUUCAGCAGAUGUCUCAUGUAUAAAGCUGGAGCAAGAAGGAUGUUGUGUCAUAAUGACUUUCUUCCUCUUAAUAUGAUAUAUACAAAAAACCUUGUAGAAUUUAAUUGGCUUUUCAUUACCAUUGUCAACCUAAAA